UUAGGCGGUUAUGACAGUAGAGACUGGUUUGUUUGGAAUCUGUUCAAGGCACUUGACGCACGAACGGUUUAACGCAAAGAGCUCGUCUGGGCUUCAGACUGAACGGUAACUGAAUACUACAGCAAGGAUGAAGCUGGAAGUUUUACGCGGAAGCCAAUAUGACAUGAAACACUUCGAGAUGUCCAGUGAUGCAGAGGGGACUGUGCGGUCCCCCCUUACCGCAGAGGAGGAGCUGGGGUCGGAUGGAGACGUGGCCCACAGCCCUUCACCUGUCACUCCGUGUGGGAGCAGCAAGUCCAAACCAUACACACGGAGACCAAAGCCUCCGCUGUCAUACAUCGCUCUCAUAGCCAUGGCCAUCCGGGAUUCUCCUUCUGGACGCCCUACUUUGGCGGAAAUAAACGACUAUCUGAUGAAGAAGUUUCCUUUCUUCAGGGGCAGCUACACCGGCUGGAGGAACUCGGUUCGACAUAACCUUUCUCUAAAUGACUGUUUUCUCAAAGUGCUUCGGGACCCGUCUAGACCCUGGGGAAAGGACAACUACUGGAUGCUUAACCCCCAGAGCGAGUACACUUUCGCUGAUGGGGUGUUCCGGCGCAGAAGAAAGCGCAUUAAUAAAAAGUUCAUCCAGGAGAAAGGGAUGUCCGAGCACGCAGAGGAAUCACAGAAUACCCACCAUCCUGCACCAGCCCCCAAGCCUGAUCCCUGUACCAAGUUUACCAGCUCGUUUGCUAUUGAAAGCAUUCUCAGCAAACCGUUCAAGGCAGACUCAAACAAAAAAGAUUUCCGUUUCUUCCCUGGCUUAAACCGGCCCUGCUACACUGAACGUAUGAUGCACCAUUCAAAUACACCUGCCUCAUUUCCAUACAUGAAGGUGUUCUGGCAUUUGGACCCAAACGCAUAUGACGCUGGGCUGCUUUCAUAAGCAAACACAGAAAGAAGAAGAAGAAAAAGAAGAAGACUUUCAUUUUGGCGAUUAAAAUGUGCACUAUAGAGGAAGCAGACCAAACACUAAAUGAAAACAACUAAGUUUUGAAUUGAGACUUGACAUUAUUGUGGUGGAGAUUUAUGGUUUUGUGCAUCUGUUGUUUCAUUUUGAGGAAUCUCCACAUUGUCUUUAUUUAAGGCUGUAAUAACAACCACUUGCUGCAAAUGUUACAAAACAGAUCAUGUUUUUUUCUUUUUAAAUGAACCAGUUAAAUGCACUUUGAAUGUUAUUUUUUGUCUCAUUCUUUUAAAAACGUUCAAUAAAAUGAAAAACAAAAACACUUUGUGAUAACCCAGUGUGUUUGUUAGCUAAUUUUAUUUUGUUUGUUAAUCUUCAUUUCAGUCAUAAUGGUUGCUAGAAGGCAAAAAAAAAAAAAAAAAAAAGUCACAGAAGAAGGCAAUUUAACUUCCAGGCUUAUGUUUUACGUCUGG